AUGACUCGUCUUGCUGUUAUUGUAUCACUUAUCCUCCCUUUGGCAUUUGGUUUUGGACCAAGCAGACCACAUGUCUCUGUUUCAAAUCUUGCUGCCACCAACCAUCGCGGCAUCAAUACAUCUCUGAAAGCUGCUGCAUCGAAUCCCUUCAAUAGUCUUCCUUGGAACGUUGAAAAGGAGAAGAACAAGAAAGCCCGCAUGCUAAAGUUAGAGCGGUCAAAGUUGCAUAGAGAACUUGGAAUUGCCGAAGAUGCAUCCUACGAAGAAGUUGUGGAAGCAACUGAUAGGUUGAUUGCCCGAGCUGGCGACGAUCUCAAGCGCAAAAUAAAAAUCGAGGUAGCAAAGGACAAGAUUCUGCAAAUUCGACUGAACGCGAGACUAGCGGGACUGGCUGCUGCAUCAACAGAGGCAAGGGCCCAGUCGACGUUUGAAGUUGAUGGGGCUGACGAAGAAGCCGUUGCAACGAAGGAUAAAGAUACCGAAUGGCAAGCACCACGAUGGACCCAAGGACUGAUUGUAAAACCUGAUGAUGCUCAACGCAACGGACAAGCUCGCCUAUGGGGAGGAAUCACACUCGCAGGAUUGGUCUUCCCUCCUGCCAUCGACUACCUCAACCGUUUCACAUGGCUCGUGUGUAUUGCCCAACUCUCCUUCCGGGGAAUGCCACGCGAUAAUAUGGAAGGCGGAGGACUGGGUAUUUCCUUCAACGCUGGAGGUGGGGGGAAGUCACAUAUGAAGGUUGCUUGGUUGCUUGGUAUCGGAGUCAGUGUCAUAGGCGCUAGUUUGGUCUAUGGUCUCAUGCCUGCCUGGGCAAAAGGACAACGGUAUACAGCCCUUUUGGCGUACACGUUACGGAACACAAUCUUUGCCGUUGCAUGUUCAUACCUGCAACCUUACAAGGGUUAA